AUGCUCCUUACACCACCUCCCUGGGAUGACAGUCAUCCUAGCGGCUAUGAUGUCAUCCUGAAGAGCGAUAUUGACCAGUGGUCCCCAACCUUCUUCAUCUGGCGGGCGCCAGAUGACGAGCCACGGAGGACCGUGGCAGCGGACGAGCAUCCGCCGAAAUGCCACCGACAAGUGGCGACGUUAAAUAGGCGUUGCCACCGAAAUGCCACCGAUUUUUGGCAGCGACGCCUCUGGCUGAUGCUGCUUGCCGACAAGCAGUGUCAUCCAGAGACGUCGCAGCCGAAAUGCUGCCGAAAAUUGGUGGCAUUUCGGCGGCGACGCCUAUUGACGUCGCUGCUUGUCGGCGGUAUUUCGGUGGAUGCUCGUCCACCAGCCAGUAUGCGGGCGCACUUAGAUGCCCCCGCGGGCACCAUGGCGCCCACGGGCACCGCAUUGGGGACCCCUGGUAUUGGCACACAGAGUCAAAGCAUCUACUUCCAGCUGGCUCCAGUCAUUGCCAGACUUUACCAGUUUGCUGCAGGAUUUUUUCUUUUCUUAGUGGCUUUGGGGUUUGUGGAAGGUGGGCAGCUGCUGGUGAUCCCUCAGGAUGGAAGUCACUGGCUCAGCAUGCGUGCAGUGGUGGAGAAGCUCAGUGAGAAAGGGCAUGAAAUAGUAGUGCUUGCUCCAGAAGUCAAUUUGCACUUGAAAGAAUCAGAGCAUUACACAAGGAAAACGUAUGCUGUGCCUUACACCCAGGAAGAGCUAGACCGUCGUCUUCAUUUGUUUGCUAACCAGCCCUUUGAUGAAGUCUCCUUCCCUACUAUGAUCAUAGAAGCAUACAGCAGCGCCAUGUUUGUACUGGACUUGUUCUUCUACAACUGUGCCAGCCUCCUGCAGAACAGAGAAAUCAUACGAUACUUGGAAGAGAGUAAAUUUGAUGUGCUCUUCAUAGACCCAGCCUUGCCAUGUGGAGUGAUCCUGGCAGAGUAUCUAGCCAUCCCUUCCGUGUACUUCUUUCGUGGAUUUCCCUGCAAUUUAGAGCAUGCAGUGACUAAAUGUCCAGACCCUGUUUCUUAUGUCCCAAGAUGCUAUACCAGCUACACCGACCACAUGACAUUUACCCAGCGAGUGCUGAAUCUAUUUGCUAGCUCUUUAGAGACACCACUGUUUAAGGAUUUGUAUACCAAAUACCAAGACAUUGCCUCAAAGCUUCUCCAGAGAGAUGUGCAUUUACCAACACUUUACAGAAAUGGCUCCAUAUGGCUCCUGAGAUACGAUUUCGUGUUUGAGUAUCCCAAACCAGUGAUGCCCAACAUGGUCUUCAUAGGAGGUAUAAACUGUGAGGAGAGGAAGAACCUAUCUCAGGAAUUUGAAAGCAUUGUGAAUGCCUCUGGGGAACACGGCUUUGUGGUCUUCUCCUUGGGCUCAAUGGUCUCUGAGAUUCCCAUGAAGAAAGCCAAGCAGAUUGCUGAAGCCUUUGGAACAAUACCUCAGACAGUUCUUUGGAGGUACACUGGAGAAACACCCCCCAACCUUGCAAACAACACAAAGCUAAUCAAAUGGCUGCCACAGAACGAUCUACUUGCUCAUCCCAAAGCCCGUGCCUUUAUCACCCAUGGAGGCUCACAUGGAAUCUAUGAGGGGAUAUGCAAUGGAGUGCCAAUGGUUCUGAUGCCAUUAUUUGGAGACCAGAUGGACAAUGCUAAGCGGAUAGAGUCCCGGGGUGCGGGAGUGACGCUGAAUGUACUUGAAAUGACUUCUAAGGACCUAUCGGAUGCAUUGAAUGCAGUGAUUAAUGAUAAAAGCUAUAAAGAAAAUAUCAUGCGUCUCUCAGCCCUUCAUCUCGACAGACCUAUCCAUCCCCUUGAUCUCGCGGUGUAUUGGGUCGAGUUUGUGAUGAGACACAAGGGGGCCCAGCAUUUGCGGCCUGCGGCCCACGAUCUCAACUGGAUCCAGUACCACUCUCUGGAUGUCAUUGCUUUUCUCAUGGCUGUCGUGCUCGUUGCCACCUUCAUCUCUCUGAAGUGCUGCCUAUUCUGCUGCCGGAAGUGUUUCCGUAAAAAAGGAAGAGUGAAAAAAGCAGGAAAGACCAAGACAACGUAG